GGAGAGUGGGCGGGACUUACCGGGACUGUGUGUGUGGCUUACUUAGCAAGCACGCAUUCAAUUGGUGGGUUUGCUGUUGUAGUUAGUGGAGCUUCGAAGUCAGCGACUGUAGUGUUAAAUAUUGAAACCCGGAUGAACCGGAUUCGGAUCCACGUGCUGCCGUCCAGCAGGGGCCGAGCGUCGCAGGCCGCGCGCGCCCACGAGCCCCAGACGUGCGCGUUCACGCAGAGAGCGUGCUCUCAGUCUCGCAUAGAUGGCUGGGACUUCUGCAUCAAGCACAUCCUGGAAGACAAAAACGCUCCGUACAGGCAGUGCAGUUAUGUCUCCAGUAGGAACAGCAAGCGCUGUCAAAAUGCUGCGCCAAAACCAGAAAAGAAGGACGGAGUUGCAUUUUGUGCAGAACAUGCACACAGGAAUGCUUUGGCUCUGCAGGCACAGAUGCGCAAGGCGUCCUCUGGACCGUCCCCUGAGGUCCUGCUGUCUCAGCUCAGUGGCUACAACAGGAUGGAGUUGGGCACUCUCGGUCAAGAUAGCCGCAGUGAAGCCAACCGCAUUCUAGACGAAGAGAGCUGGAGUGAAGACGAGCAGGACCCGGUGGUGCUCGAUCAGACGUGGAGAGGAGAUCCUGACAGCGAAGCAGACAGCGUAGACAGCGACCAUGAAGAUCCUCUCAAGCAUGCUGGGGUGUACACUGCCGAAGAAGUUGCCCUGAUCACGCGUGAAAAGCUCAUCAGACUCCAGUCACUCUACAUAGACCAGUUUAAGCGUCUGCAGCACUUGCUGAAGGAGAAAAAGAGACGCUACUUACAUAACCGCAAGAUCGAGCAUGACACGAUAGGCACCAGUCUUUUAACAGGACCUGAGGGUCUGUCCAUGAAAGAGAGGGAAAAUCUGAGGAAGCUGAAGGCGUUACGUCGCUACCGGCGGCGCUACGGAGUGGAGGCUCUGCUACACAGGCAACUCCGGGAGCGCAGACUGGCUGUUACUGAGGGAGGAACCCCACAGGCUCACUCGGUACGCCCCAGCCAGAGGUGCAUUUCCUUUGUGGAGGGGACGCGAUGUUCAAAUCCCUGUCUGCCGAUGACCCGACACUGCGUGUCUCAUAUUUACCAAGACAGUAGCCAGGUGUUGUUUAAGAUGUGCCCAGGCCUAAAGGAUGUGCCCUGUGACAGGCCGGUGCACAUGGGUCAGUCAGAGGAGCCACGAUGCCCGCUGCAUCUCUCCCUGCCUCCCCCCAUGUACCAGCCCGAGCAGGAGCCACUGGCACCGGAGCAGCUCUCUUUAGCACCAACAGACAUGUACCUGAGUGCCGCCGAGCUUCAGCCUACAGAGAGCCUGCCACUCGAGUUCAGCGAUGAUCUGGAUGUGGUAGGUGAUGAGGAGAUGCAGUGCCCUCCGUCACCACUCCUCUUCGACACUGCCCUUGCGCUGGAAGACCAGACCAUCCGUGCCAUUGCAGAGGCUCCUAUGGACAUUCUUACCUCAGGACAGGACCCCGAGCUCUCUGAAACGGACGACAUGUCUGCAGCAGACCAGUAGCUUGGAAAAGUGCAGUUCGUGUGCUAAGGACAUGCUUUGGAGAUUUACAGCAGUGUGAUUUUUAAUAAUACAUUGCUCGAUUCAUUCCAUUCAAAGAUGCUACACUGGUUCUGACCUUGAAUAUCCCGGAUCUAUUAAAGGACACUAAUAUAUAUAUAUAUAUAUAUAUAUAUAUAUAUAUAUAUAUAUAUAUAUAUAUAUAUAUAUAUAUAUAUAUAUAUAUAUAUAUAUAUAUAUAUAUAUAUAUAUGAAUGAUAUGAUAUGAUAUGCACACCCCCCAGGCUGUGUCAGAGGUAUCUGAAACAGCAGGAGAUGAGGAUGCCAUACAGAAUUCAUCAAAGGACCCUGACACAAUAACAACAGUCUCUACAUCCUGAGCACCUUGUGCACUGAUUUUCUCAGCUGUCUAUAGACUUUUACAGAACCUUCUGCACCGGCGUCCGAUCCAAAGCCAUAUUUAACAAAAGCCGACAUGUUGUUGGAGGAAACGUUGCACCCUGUUUAUAGAAAAUGUUCUGAAGUAUAUUCCAAAAGUGCUAAUACAUUAAUACUUGUAGCCCAUAUGAGUCUGUCACUUUCUUUGGAAAUAAAACGGAAACUAUGUCGCCCUGGUCUGGAA